AUGGCACCGCGCGCGCCCGAGCUCCCGCCCUACCAGCGACCGACCUUCACGCGAAAUGCAUCCUCACAGUCAAAAGUCUCAGUGCCGUCCAUAUCGCAGUCCAACGAGGCAGACGAUGAGCAGAGUCUCUCUUCGGAUCAGAGCCUCGACAUGGAGUCCAACGACUCGCAGCCCCACUACGAGGGCGAAGAUACCCGGUUGACGAGCGACAAGGAGCUUCGCGGCUUUUACAUGUACGGAUGGGCUGCCGAGGUCUUCGUUGUCUGUGGUAUUGGAUCCUUCAUACCCGUAACACUCGAACAACUCGCACGCGAAAAUGGUGUCCUCCUGUCUGACCCUUCCAUGCCAUGCAAAGCCACGAAGCCUACCGGUCACCCUAGCUUCUCCUUCUCCACAAACGCCCUAGAAGCCCUGCUGAAACCAAAUCCUGAAAAGGGACAAUGUGUCGUCCAUAUCCUCGGCGUCGAGAUCAACACUGCUAGCUUCGCCAUGUACACUUUCAGCAUAUCAGUCCUGAUACAGGCUCUGCUGAUCAUAAGCAUGAGUGGUGCUGCAGACCACGGGAGGUUCAGGAAAACGUUCCUCUUAUGGUUCGCAUUCGUGGGAAGUAUAGCGACCAUGUUGUUCUUGCCCGUGGUACCCAAGGUAUACCUUCUAGGCGCACUACUGGCAAUCAUCUCAAACACAUGCUUUGGUGCUAGUUUCGUACUGCUAAACAGCUUCUUACCACUGAUGGUGCGUUUCCAUCCGACAGUCAAGUAUGCCGACUCAAUCACCGACACUUCGUAUGCGGACGAAGAAGAUGAGCCGGAGACAGAGGAAGACGAUGAAAGAGGUGGAGAAACUCCUACACAAGAGAACAUCAUACGAGGAGCGCAAUAUGCGAACCAGCUUGGAGAGAGAGAAGGCCUUCUUGACGAGGUUGCCGAUGCGACAACCGCACUUCUUCCAAGCAACCCUUCAGCCGCGGACUUGACCAUCCCAAGGGCGAAGAGCAGGGCCGCUCCUUCAGUUGAGCUUGCACUCGCUACCAAAAUCUCGUCCUACGGUAUUGCAAUUGGUUACAUCGCCGCUUUGCUGGUGCAGACCCUCGGCAUCCUCAUCGUCAUCGCAUUUCAAUCCUCCAACUUUGGUCUCCGGCUCGUUCUCUUUGUCAUUGGCGCGUGGUGGUUCGUCUUCACACUACCCACUGCCCGCUGGCUGCGCCCUCGUCCAGGACCGCCUCUGCAUAUCGGCGCACAAACUUCCAAUUUUGGCUCUGCACUAGCGUACUUCACAUACUCGUGGAAAUCCCUAGGUCGUACAGCAACGCAUGCGCGACACCUCAAAGAUGUUCUACUCUUCCUUGCAGCGUGGUUUCUCUUGUCAGACAGUAUAGCUACUGUAUCUGGUACGGCCGUGCUCUUUGCGAAGACAACACUCGGAAUGUCGUACGCUAUGCUCGCCCUGAUAAACGUCAUCGCGACAGUCUUUGGCGUCUUGGGCGCCUUCUUAUGGUCACGUCUAUCUGCUUUCUUCCGCCUGUCACCAACGCAGACAAUACUGCUCUGCAUCACGCUCUUCGAAGUGAUACCCAUCUACGGCCUACUCGGGUAUAUUCCAGCAGUCCAACGCCUGGGAUACCUAGGCUUACAGCAGCAAUGGGAGAUGUACCCUCUAGGUGCAGUCUACGGCUUCGUUCUUGGUGGACUAAGCAGUUACUGCCGCGCGCUAUUUGGCGAGCUCAUUCCCCCGGGCUAUGAAGCCGCCUUUUACGCCCUGUACGCCAUCACAGACAAAGGCAGUAGUGUCUUCGGUCCAGCGAUUGUAGGCGCCAUCACCGAUGCUUAUGGAGAGAUCAGACCGGCUUUCUGGUUCCUAGCUAUUCUGGUUGGCCUUCCCUUCCCAAUCAUGAUGCUUGUCAACGUAGAUCGGGGGCGCACUGAAGGCGCUGCCCUCGCCAAGACCCUCGAAGAACUAUCACGCGCACAGGAUGCUCGUCAAAUAGACGAAGAUGAUGACAACUUGUCGCAGGAAAUCAGAGAUGACCUCCGCAGCUCGUUUUCUUAUCAGCGCUCUUGA